AUGUCUUUGCGUUUACCUAACGAAUGUGUCCAAAAUAUUUUAGGACACCUAAGCGAGAGCGAUCACAAGACAUUACUUUCACUUGCGUUGGUAAAUCGAAAUUUUUGUCAAAACGCAAUCCCACUAUUAUGGAAAAAUCCUUUACAUUCAAGACGAUCUUCAAGAAAACAUUACAAAAUAAUUCCAUUAUUACUAUCAUCAUUAGAUGAAGAUAGAAAAUCAUUGUUAAAAUUUACCGAAAGAAAACUUGUCAUUCCAAAGACAACGAUAUUUUAUUACACAGCAUUUAUCAAAAAACUUGAUUUUAUGAAUCUUUUGGUGCAAGUUUUUUAUUGGUACAAAAGAAAUUGUAAGACGGUAAAGCCCGAAAAAAAAAAUAAAUUUAGGAAAUUUCUUCUGAAGAGUCGUAGAUGGAUCGGAACUUGCCUCAGGGGUUCAAAUAAAUCGGUGACAUUACUUGAAAAACAGGAAAUAUUAAUAUUUUCUGAAUCCAUUUUUGAUUCACUAUUCAAACACCACAAAUUUACGGAAUUUCAGAUAUAUCCAUCUCAUCCAUCUACAUACCUUCCGCACUUUCCUCCAAUAAAAAUUAAAACUGGUUUUUUUGUUAGUCCUCAUACCCACAGGACCCACAACAAUCCUAUCCCAUUUAACAAAUUCAACGCAUUUAACUUGCUGGUAAAGUAUGCUUCAGGUCUUGGAUGUUAUUAUAUUGAUACUUAUUCGAAAUAUAGGGGUAAGGAACCUCUGUUAGGAAAUUCCAUUAGGUAUUGGGUCGGAAAUCAAUAUGAUUUGAUAUUUGAAGGCGGUAACUUUGAAUCAGGAAAUAAAGACAUUUUAAAGGUAUUUGAAAAGAUUCAUGUACAGUGUUGGGAUAUUCAACAGGUUAAAUUGAUCUUAAUAUUUGAUUCUUAG